GCAAAUGAAACUCCACCCUCUUACAACUCUUACCAGGAAGAGACUGACUUGUUAUUUCUCCUUUCUGUCACACUGAUUUUCUUCUCUUUGACAAAAGCAAACAAGAAUCAGCCAUCAGUGAACAACGAAGAGAAAAAGAAGUAGUUUGUUUCUGGACACCCAGCGGAUCUUCUUGUGAUUUUCGUGGUUAUUCAUUUUUGCAAGUCAUUCAGAAAGUGAAAGUAAAGUUUAGAUUUCUGGAUCUCAAACAGUGAAAAUGGCUUCAUCAUCUGAAUAUGACUAUAAUUGUCCCGUGUGCUGUGAAAUCUUCAAGGCUCCUGUUCUUUUAUCAUGUAGUCACAGUGUCUGUAAAGAGUGUCUUCAACAGUUCUGGAGAACCAAGAAAACUCAGGAGUGUCCUGUCUGCAGGAGAAGAUCCUCAAAAGAAAAUCUUCCAAUUAAUCUUGCGUUAAAAAACUUGUGUGAGUCGUUCCUAAAGGAGAGAAAUGAGAGCCGUUCUUCAGGAUCUGAGGAGAUCUGCAGUUUACACAGUGAGAAACUCAAACUCUUCUGUCUGGAGGACAAACAGCCUGCGUGUGUCGUGUGCAGAGAUUCAGAACAACACGACAAUCACAAAUUCAGACCAAUAAGUGAAGUGGUUUCAUCAUAUAAGGAGGAGCUCAAUACAGCACUGAAGUCCUUACAGGACAAACAUAAAAAGAGAGAAAAAAUGAAAGGAGAGUUUGAGAAAACAGUUCAGCACAUCAAGAUGAUUGAAGUGAAUGUGGUGAAGCUAGAGGAGAUGAACAGACACAUCUCAGCUCUUUCACACACAAUCAAAGACACAGAGGAGAUGAUAAAAGCCAAUGACGUCUGCUUUCUAAAGGAGUUUCCAGUCAUGAUGGAAAGAGUCCAGAUCUCAUCACAGCCAGAUCCACAGACGCCUUCUGGAGCUUUGAUUCGUGUGCCACGUUACUUGGGCAACCUGCCCUUCAGAGUCUGGAAGAAGAUGCAGGACAUUGUCCAAAACACUCCUGUGAUUCUGGAUCCAAACACGGCUCAUCCACGUCUCGUCCUGUCUGAUGAUCUGACCAGUGUGAGAUACAGUGAGAACAGACAACUGCUUCCUGAUAAUGCAGAGAGAUUUGACUCUUAUCCUUGUGUUCUGGGCUCAGAGGGUUUUAACUCAGGAACACACUGCUGGGACGUGGAGGUUAAAAAGAGUUCAGUCUGGAUUCUUGGAGUAACUACAGCAUCAAACCAAAGAAAGGGACGUGAUUUAUUUAAUACUGAUAUCUGGUUUGUGCACUACGGAUUGUCUGAAGAUAUUGGUUUUCCUGUUAAACAGGAUCUUGAGCGUGUGAGAGUGUAUCUGGACUAUGACAGAGGAACGGUGUCAUUCUCUGAUCCUGUAGCUAACACACAUCUACACACAUUCACAACCACCUUCACUCACACAGUCUUUCCAUUUUUCUCUUGUGUCUCUCUGAGGAUCUUACCGCUCAAUAGUCAGUAAACGUUGCACCUGUGGGUCUGAAUCAACCUGCUUUCAUCUUUUACUGUCAUCAUGUUUCCAAUAUUUAAUCCAUAUCACAAUUUCAAUAUUUGUUCAUCACGAGACUAAAUGAAUAAUUGUUUAUUUCAGUUAUAGAGGUUAAAUGAUCAUUUGUUCAUUGAUGUAAAUGGAUGUAAAAGUCCUUUUUAAUCCACAUCAAUUUGAAAUGAAGUAGAAAUACUUGAUUAAAGCCAUUAACAAAUCUGAUUCUCAGAACACAUUCUCAGAGUCUCUGGGACCUCAGUGAAAACUCUUUAAAAGUUUGACUCAGUUUCUGAACAAAUUUUGAU